GCACCCGUUAGAUGAAUAGCGAAACGCCGCGAAGACGCAGGCAGAUGGGACGGAACCCUAUUUCGCAUUCGCUGCAUUCGCAUCGCCGAAAAUAGCAGCACUGCAGUGUGGACUGCGAUUGUUGCCGAACUCGGUUGCUCCUCCUCCUCCUUCUUCUUCGCAGUUUCCUCACUCCUUUGGGGUUUGCCAUCCAACAAACGAAAGAAAAGGCCUCGAGCGUGUCUCUCGUGUGCAGAGAAGCAUCGGCUCUUCGUUUUCUUCACACUGCUUCGAGGACGAGGUUCUGGUCGAAAGCACGAGAGGGACGAAACAGUAAGAGAGCACAUGAUAUAGGAACGAAGGACGGAAGGAAGGAAGCACGCACGCGAGCACACAAACGAGGGAGGAAGAUCCGGAGAGGACAGUUUGUAUUGAAGAAGGGCUCGCACAGGUCGCAGGAGUUUGCAGUGAAAGAUAGAGCGUUCGUUUACGUAGUGAACAAAGAUUUGUAGGCUAGUUUAAAGGUCGGGAAGGACGAAGGACAAGGAGGCCGCGGAGGAAGCGCGGGUGUGGUCGUGGAGGGCACGGUGAGGAGGGAGGCUUUGGCUUUGCGUUGAGGAGAUUGGCGGCAUUGUCCGCGGUGGUGAAGGGGAGAGGAAAGAGGGAGUUGCGCUGUAUGGUGAGGAGGAUUUGUGGUAGGGAGUGGUGUCGCUGCUUCUGCAAGCCUGCCUCUAGUAUGGUAUAGCAGCUCUUCCGUUGGCGCGGCUGCAAUCUUUCUUUGCGUGAGUUUCUUCCCUGGUUAGUGAGCUCGGAAAAUGGAGGAAGAGCACGAGGUAUACGGGGGGGAAAUUCCAGAGGAAGUGGAGGGUGAUUUGGAGGGAGACCUUGACGGGCACCCCGAUGAUGGAAUCACGAAGGUCGAUGACGUCGUCACCGAUGACGCGGCGUCUAAGGAGUUGGAAGAGAUGAAGAAACGAUUGAAAGAGAUGGAAGAGGAAGCCGCAGCCUUACGAGAUAUGCAAGCUAAAGUCGAGAAGGAAAUGAGUGCAGUGCAAGACCCUGCCAGUGCAGCAGCAUCACAAGCCAACAGAGAGGAGGCCGACGCCCGCUCUGUUUUUGUCGGCAAUGUAGAUUACUCCUGUACUCCGGAGGAAGUCCAGCAACACUUCCAGUCUUGUGGAACCGUCAAUCGCGUAACCAUCUUGACGGAUAAAUUUGGACAGCCCAAAGGAUACGCAUAUGUCGAAUUUCUAGAAGUUGAAGCUGUACAAAAUGCCAUUUUGCUGAGCGAAUCCGAGCUGCACGGUCGCCAGCUCAAAGUGACAGCAAAGCGAACGAAUGUGCCGGGAAUGAAGGCGUUUCGUGGACGCCGCUUCAACCCUUAUUUUGGGAAAGUGCCAAGAUUCAGGCGGCCCAUGCGAUAUAGGCCGUACUACUAGGGACAUCCCUAGCUCUAUUGUAACCUUUAGUUCACUCUAAAUUGGUGGUAGAGAUGUAGAAUGUAAACUGCAAUUUGUCUACUGCGGCAUAUCCGAAUUCAGGGCAUGAUCUUGAAGCCCUAUCCAUUAGCCAAAUACCUCGUGUUAUAUACCCUUCUGAUCUGAAAGCUUUCAGGCUAUACUAUGUUGACUCUUUGUCCACUGGCUUCAUGGUCCGUCGACCUAAUCACCAGUGCACCCUAGGAAAGAGAAGAGACGAGGUAUGAAGGUAAUCACAAUGCUCUUUCAUUGAGGACGAGGUGGAGGAUUGUCCACUACACCUUGGAGGAACUGAUAAUUUUUCAAGUUUCUCAGAAGAUCCCAAGUUUUGCUCCUCUACCCCACGUUUUCCGUCUCCAGUGAGAGUCUUACUCGUGGGGGGAUUUCCGCCUAUUCUGAGUAUUUUCUUUCGAUGUCCAUGCUUGUGUAGUUGGUGUAGUGUUGGAUCAGUGUUUUGGUGAAAAGCUCAAGAACAAAGUUAACAUACUGAUGUGCAUUGAUGAAAACUACCAGACUGGUAGCGAACUGCAGCUGAAUAGAAUUCUUCUGGAGUUUUUGGACUUCUAAUUCGUUGGCUGUCGUCAAAAAAAGUUGGGUUGUCAAUUAUAGGGAAUUUGAGAAGCGCUCCCAGAGCUUCAUUCGGGAGGAGAGUAUUGACAGAUAUUGAUCCUGUUUUGUAAGUGCUUUAAGGUGAAGUGUCACGUGUUGUCAAGGAAUGAAGCCUGACUACCGUGGGCAGACAACGAAUUCGAGACCACUCAGAAUGUGGCUAAUCUGUUAGUGCAUCGGCCUUUUCUUUUGAAUUUCUUGUGAUGAUUCCACUGGAUGUGAAGCUUCCUUCACAUGUGUCAAACACGCAGGUUGCCCGGACGGACCAGCGUUAGGUACAGCUGUAUUUUGACUGUAGACUGUCACCUCUUUGUUUCCGGCUUGGCAAUAUGACAGCGCGCGCCGGAAGCGUGCGUAGAUGGUUUCUGUGUUUUACAUUACGGAACUGUACCUGUAGUUGAACCAAUGUUCGAGUUCAGGGUGGACCUAGUCCACCCUCAAUCUGAAAAUGCUGCACUGUGAUUCAACCUCGUACUUCGUUGGAGUAUUGAAUGAAACUGAACUUUAUGCACGA